GUCUCCGUCCGCCUUGGUCCAUCUUCAAAGUUGUAUGCGCAGUCUUGGCUGCUAAUAUGUACUGGUACCUUGCCGGUGUGGUUGCGCCCAUUUUGCUUGGACAAUGCUUCAUCCAAGACUACCAAGGUAACCUAGUUAUACGCCUACAAUUAUGAGGGUGUGCUAAGUCUGGCGGUGAUGUCGAUAGCGAUGUCUGUAGAUCAGUACUUCCAUUAGUAUUUAAGCUGCUCAUGUCUUGAGUAAAUGUUCCCAGUAUUCUGUUCGACUCUACUAUCACCAUCAUGAAGCUCACUCUUGUUACCCUCUCCGCUGUUGUGGCGUCCACCACCACCGCAUCUCCUCUUGUCCUCGAACCCCGCCAACAAUGCAGUACAUCGUGGAGCUACCCCUACACUGGCCGCGCACCUCCUGGCAACUACAAAGCGUUCAACUUAGCUAGCUGCACCGCACAACUCAGCUUCAACAAAGACCAAUACGUCGGCGUACAAUGGGCCUUUGAAGCCACCUAUGCCGACGGCAGCCGUGCAGAACUCAAGCCCUUCCGCGACUUCAACAGCUUCGGCGUCAGCGACACCUUCUACCCUUACCUAGGAAACAACUUCCUCACCCGGUACCCAGGGAACUCGGCGUUCACGGCUGUGCAUGAGUUUAGCAGUGUGUGCAAGAACGGACAGGCGCCGGUCUCAUGGCGGUUCUACACAACAUCAGGGACAGCGAACGGCUGCUACACAACGGGUCAGAUCCGUGCUGUCGGUGGAGUCUCGCGUCCGGCCAAGGUCACAGGCGUUUCUUUGCGGAGGAGCAACGAUGCUGGGGAUUUCGAGGUUACCUGGUCGCCGGUGUCCAGAGCAGUUGCGUAUUCUGUGAUUGUGCAGUACCCAACUGGUACAGAUGAAGUUGGGAAUCCAUAUACGAAUGUGAGGGGUGCACGUGUGCAGGUAGGUUAUUGUUGAUAUACGUCAGUGAGCGCCUGCUAACGGCCAUGAUAGGGAAGUUCGACGAGCGUCGCGACGACUACGCGCAG